UGUGUGGAAGUCGCAGCGCGUGAGCGGCGCCCGGCGGAAGCCGCGGGGCAGCCAGCCCUCGGGGAGUGUCCGGUGAGCCGCGGCUCCGACGGCCUGCUGUGGUGUCCGGCCGGCCGCGCAGGACCUCGCGGCAGUUCUGAGAGGACACCCGCGCGUGUCUCGAGCGCCUGGGCCCCGAAGGUUCACAGCGGAGCGCGCAGGCCCUGGCCUGUCAGGCGCCUGCCGAUUUAAAGCAUGGCAAGCUCCUUGGCAUUGAAGAACUUCACUGCACUUUCAGAUCUGCAUCCAAAUAUGGCUAAUCUGAAAAUAAUCGGUAUAGUUAUUGGGAAAACAGAUGUCAAAGGCUUUCCAGACAGAAAAAAUAUUGGAUCAGAAAGAUACACUUUCAGUUUCACCAUCCGUGACUCCCCAGACCAUUUUGUGAAUGUAUCCUCCUGGGGCAGUGAAGAUUAUAUCAGGCCACUCUCUGAGAGCUUUAAGGUUGGUGAGUGUGUGAUAAUUGAAAAUCCCCUGAUCCAAAGAAAGGAGACAGAAAGAGAAGAAAAGUUCAGCCCUGCAACUCCUAGCAACUGGAAACUAUUGCUCAGUGAGAAUCACUCAAUGGUGAAAGUUUGUUCCCCUUAUGAAGUGGAUACCAAGUUACUUUCUUUGAUACACUUGCCUGUUAAAGAAUCUCGAGAUUAUUACUCCUUGACUGACAUUGUUGCAAAUGGACACAGUCUUGAUGGGAGGAUUAUUAAUGUGCUUGCAGCUGUGAGAUUGGUUGGAGAGCCAAAAUACUUUACAACUUCAGACCGAAGAAAAGGCCAGAGGUGUGAAGUUAAACUCUUCGAUGAAACAGAGCCUUCUUUCACAAUGACAUGUUGGGAUAAUGAAUCCAUUCUACUUGCACAGAGCUGGAUGCCAAGAGAAACAGUAAUAUUUGCCUCAGAUGUAAGAAUAAAUUUUAACAAAUUUCAGAACUGCAUGGCAGCAACAGUAAUCUCAAAAACCAUUAUCACAACUAAUCCAGAUACACCAGAAGCCAAUAUCCUGCUGAAUUAUAUAAGAGAAAAUAAAGAAACAGAUGUGGCUGAUGAAAUUGACAGUUACUUGAGAGAAUCCAUAAACUUAAACUCAGUAGUUGAUGUCUAUACAGUGGAACAGUUGAAAGUAAAAGCUCUGAGAAAUGAAGGAAAAGCUGAUCCUUUCUAUGGCAUCCUCUAUGCUUACAUUUCUACAUUGAACAUUGAUGAUGAAACUACCAAAGUAGUUAGAAAUAGAUGUUCCAGCUGUGGCUAUAUUGUAAAUGAAGCCUCCAACACCUGUACAAUUUGCAACAAAGAUUCUUCCAGACUUAAGUCCUUUUUACUCAGUUUUGAUGUAUUGGUUGAUCUUACUGACCACACUGGGACCCUCCAUUCCUGCAGUCUCACAGGAAGUAUUGCGGAGGAAACUUUGGGCUGCACGAUAAAUGAGUUUCUUGCAAUGACAAGUGAACAGAAAACAAAACUGAAGUGGCAGUUUCUUUUGGAAAGAAGCAAAAUUUAUGUAAAACUGAUUUUAUCACACAGAGCAAGGGGUGGAUUGAAAGUUAGCAUACUCUCCUGUAAGCUUGCGGAUCCCACCGAAGCAAGCAGGAACCUGGCUGGACAAGGACACACUUAAAACCAUGUUUUGUUCCAAAAUCUGGAAAGGUUUAGGAAUUUAACUCUUUAAAGUGGCAUGUUUGAGAAUUAUGUGUAAAAUUACAUUUGGCCUAAAUGUAGUGAAACUAUUUCCUAGGUUGUCACUGUUUCCUUCUGAAGUUGGCUCAGCUACUUGGGAGACCAAUAGCUUUGCCUGUCUUCUCUCACACUGGAAAGUAUUUGCUUAUGUGCAGUAAUAAACAUGCUGAUCUCCCUCCCGGGUGUGAACGGUUUCUUUGUCUUCCCUGUGGUGUGGUGGCACACUUGACAGAACACAGUGAAAGGCUCUGAUGGUGGAGAGGAGGGUGACUGUGCAGGGGCUGGCCCUGGCUUUGGUGAUGAUGCUCUGGAGCUACCUGGUGCACGCAAAGGCUUGCUGAUGCAAGCUCGGCACUCAUGAGUCACUGGGGAGGAGACCAGCUUUAAGAGCUGCAGGAGUGAUGUCUGCUGCGUCCUAGGAACUUUGGAGAGGAAAUUUUCUCAAGACACAAGUGUGGCAGCUGCUUUUCAUCCUACUCUUCUCUGAAGCAGCACACAAUCACAGCCCCACACGAUCGGAGCUACUUGUUUCAGGAACCAGCCCCUCCGUAAGACCCACCCUAGCUCGGCACCGACUGCAAACUUCAAAUCUGACCCAUUGUCCUGGACAUAGACAGAAAAGUGAGUACAUGAACUCUCUUAUGAUGCUGGUGUUGGAAGGUAUGUGUGCCUUAUCUAAUGUUGUCUGUUGUUUUUACUAUAUGCAGUCAUGUGGAGGGUUGCCAGAUGUCCUAAUAAAUGAGGUAGUGAAGGACUUGAUCGACACAGGCAAGAGGAACUGAUCAAGUGCUUUCUCCCGUUCUCUUUGAGGAGGGAGAUGUGGAUCGUGUAAGCUAGGAAGAAGGAAGGAUGAAGAGUUGGAGCAGUCUGGCUGGGAGGAGAGAAGUGAGGGUGCCCUAGCAGGUUUCACAUCUGCUAUUGCUGCCAGUGGGCAUGGGCUUGUUAGUCAGCUUUUGUUGCUGUAAUAAAAUUCCAAAAAAUACACUUAAAGGAGGAGAGAUUUACUUUGGUUUAUAAACCAGACAUUAGCCUUCGCCCAUUGCUUUCACUUGAGGUUGAAUGUUAAGAUUGGCAGCAUGUGGCAGAGCAAAGCUGCUCUCUUUAUAGAGACUGGGAAGCAGAGAGAGGAUAAGGGUCCUAAGAACAUGCCCCAAGGAUCCCUUCCUUCUGCUGAGUCCCAUCUCCUAGUUCCUCUCUCUCUUUCUCUGUAUUCUUCGACAGGGUUUUCCUAUGUGGCAGGCUGGCCUUGAACUUACAAUCCUUUUGUGUCAGCCUCCUGAGUACUGAGAUUAUAGGAAUGGUGUUGAACUUACUAUGUACUGAAGGUUCCUUGAUGCUCCUGUCUCUACCUCCCAGGUGCUAGGAUUAGGAAGGUGCAUCACCAUGCCUGGCUGUGGCCUCAGUUUCACAUGCCUCCCAACAGACCCGGAAUGGAGUAAUCCACUGAUGAUGUCAGAGCUCUCUUGAUCCAGUCACUUCCCAGAAGUCCAAUAGGGGCAACCAAACAUUUUUGACCCAAACCACAAUGGUGCCCCCUCCCUGGAUCCCACUCAGAGGCUUUUGGGCCAGGGCAGGUCUGUAAGCACCGGUCUGGUUCCUGGGCCAACGGUCCUCAGCUGUCCUGGCUGUCUCACCGCUAGUUUACACCACAUAACAGAGACAGUCUCCUGGUGGGUGCCCUGGCAAUGCUGUUCCCUGGGACAGGUGAGUACCAGUGAGGCCAGCAGAGGGCUCUAAAUUACCUGCUCACAACCAAGGUGACCCUAUCUCUCAGUCAUGGUUCUGAAUUGUCACCUAGGUGUAGGUCUUUGCUGGUGGUAUGGGAAUCUGCCGGCCUAAUGACAAGCCACGCCAAAUCAAAGGUAUGUCUUAGGUUUAACUUACACAUUUAUGUGAUUAAGUUUACAAAAACAGUCAGAAAUUGCCUUUUAACUAAGAUCAAAAGCAAAAUCAACCAAUAUCUGAAAUUUCAUUUGUAGACUGGCCAAAAUGCAGGCAUGCAAAGAAGAAGUACUCCCACCUCACACCAAACACCUGUGGUCUCCCCAUGCCUCCCGUCUGCUUCCCCAGACACCCGUGGUCUCCCCAUGCCUCCCGUCUGCUUCCCCAGACACCCGUGGUCUCCCCAUGCCUCCCGUCUGCUUCCCCAGACACCCGUGGUCUCCCCAUGCCUCCCGUCUGCUUCCCCAGACACCCAUGGUCUCCCCAUGCCUCCCGUCUGCUUCUCCAGACACCCGUGGUCUCCCCAUGCUUCCCAUCUGUUUCCCCAUGAACUGCUUUCCUGGGAUUGGUUUCUGCCAAGCUACAGGGUUCACGCUAGGUAAUUAGACAACUUUUCCUUUGUAGAUGAUGCUGUGUUGAGUUAUUUGUUACAUUCACAAUACAUGGCAGAAAUACCAUCUAUGUAUGUGUGCAUUCUUUAUCCUGAGGAACCCUGGGCUAUUUCACAACUAAUUU